AUGUUGUCCAAAAUCAUCCUCACCACCUCCCUCGCUGUGGGAGCGCUCGCCGCGAAGUCUGCGUCCAGCGGCAGCGCUGCUGCGGGCGGAGCGGCCGCGACGAAGGUCAAGCUCUUCCUUGGCCCCAAAGUCGGCAAGAAUGUGCCCUGGCAAGGCUCCGUUGUCUCGGUCAGCGACGACACCACGGUGGUCGCGCUGACCUGCACCCAAAGCCCGCAGUGCGUGCCUGCUGCAACGGCAACCAUCACCAACGGCCCAAGCUACUUCGCCGUCUCCACUUCCACCACCAUCAGUGGAGCGUUGGAAACCCUGCUCGAGACGUGUGACCUCCACGGCGCAUCGACCGCAGUCUGCACCCAGAGCCUCUACUAUGCCGAUAGCUCGACGUCCACCAGCUCCGUCACCUCCCGCACCUUCACAGGCGGAGAAUUAGCAUACCAGCAGAUCCCCAUUACCGCCGGCGCAUCCCUCAUCUCUGCUGGCGGCUCGGGUGGGGGCUCGGGCGGGCAUGGCGGGGGCAGUGGCCAUGGCGGCCAUACCUCUACUCCAUCCUACGGCUCCGGCUCCUCCGCCGCCACCGGUUCGAGCGCCGCCUCCCCUUCCGGCUCUGCCACCGGCACUCUCCCGGGAGCUUCGUCUACCCUCAGUACCGCAGGCUCAUCGGGCACAUCCACCGGCGGCGCGGCUCCGACGACUGUUCGUGAUAUUUACAAGGUGCUGAUCGUUCCCGGUGCGGCUGCGUUGUUGGCGGCUGGCGCCUUGCUUUAA